AUGGUGAAUACUCCACCUGAAUCAGUUCAUACUAGUAAUACACCUCCUAUUACACCUAGACAUACUAGACAUAACUCAAAUGAAACUGAAUAUGAUGAUGUAACCAGAAUAAGCAAACUUGACUUUGGAGAUCCUCUUUAUCUGCAUGCUAGUGACACUUUAAGUACUCCUUUGAUUGGCUUUAACUUGUUAGGAACUGAAAACUAUAAGUCUGAUGAUGAUCCAAUACUUGCCAAACAAUGGGAUAGAUGUAAUGCAGUUGUGUUAAAUUGGAUUCUUGGUUGUGUGUCACAAGAAUUAUAUCUAGGUCAAAUAUAUUCUAAGAAUGCUGCCGUUGUUUGGCAAGAUUUAAAAGACACAUAUGAUAAAAUUGAUGGUUCUGUGAUCUUUAAUAUACAUCAAAAGAUUAAUUAUCUUGCUCAAAAUGGAUCUAAUUUGGCUGAGUAUUAUCAUAAAUUGACUUCUUUGUGGAAACAAUUUGAUGCUAUUAUGAAACUGCCUGCUUGCUCAUGUAAAGCUGCUAAGGAAUUACAAACACAUACUGAUUUGAUGAAAUUGAUGCAAUUUUUGAUGAGACUUGAUGAUGUGUAUAUGUCUGUUAGAUCUAAUAUUCUUAUGAGAGAUCCUUUGCCUUCUGUUAAAACUGCUUUUAAUAUUGUUUCAAGGGAAGAAUCUCAUAGAGGGGGGUAUUCUGAUAAGUCUUAUGGUAAUAGUGCUUCAUCUUUUGCUGCAAAAACCAAUUUCUCAAGAAAUAAUAAUAAUAGAUCUUAUGAAACAAAAAGGACCUUUGAUAACAAUUUUGAAUCAAAAAGAACUUUUGAACCUUCACAAAGAACUUUCAGACCUCCUAAUCCUAAUCUUAAUUGUACACAUUGUCAUAAAGUAGGUCAUACUAUUGACAGGUGCUUUCAACUUGCUAAUAAGAAAUCUGGUCAGCAUGGUGGAAAAUUUUCUAAUAAUAAUGCUCAUAUGGAUAAAACUGUUCAGUCUGUUACUUCUUCUCUUUCUAAUGAUUCUGCAUCUAGUUCUGUGCAGCAUGCUUUGACUGCAGACCAAGUUUCUAAACUUCUUAGUCUUCUUGAUACUAAAACUAGUCCUUCCAAUCUGCAAGCCAAUAUGGCAGGUAUACCUAUGUGUAGCAAUUCUUGGUUUUUAUCUUGUAAUGCAUUCUUGUUUAAUGCUAUCAUUAAAUGGAUUAUUGAUUCUGGAGCUAAUCAACAUAUGACUGUUUCUGAAAAGGGUUUGACUAAUGUUGUUGAUAUAUCUGACUUAGGAUUAAAAAUAGGUCAUCCCAAUGGAACUUAUGCUUUAGUUCAAAAAAUUGGAAAUCUACAUCUUAAAAAUGGGAUAAUAUUGUUUGAUGUACUUGUUGUUCCAGAUUAUUCAGUUAAUCUUAUGUCUGUUCAUAAGCUUUGUAGAGACAAUAAAUUACAAGUUAGUUUUGAUGAAGAUAAGUGUUAUAUUCAGGAUUUUCAUCAAAAAACUCUUCUAGGGACUGGUAGUGAGCAAGGUGGUCUCUAUGUGUUUGAUGAUUCUUCUAUGUGCAAUUCUGUGGUAUGCAAUUAUGCUACUUUGCGUUGUGAGUCUAAAAUGCUAUGGCAUCUAAGACUUGGUCAUCCUGCAGACUAA